AUGGAAGCCACCGCGCCCAGGACGACCGGCGACGACGCACCGCCAGCCACAGCCCGAGCGACGACGAUCAGAGAUCUCAUCGCCGCAAAGGAAGCCCCGACAGCUACAUGCAAGAGCGACAAGAACGACCUCGCCGGCGCCGAUCGCGGUCCGCAUCGCCAGCCCGGCGCCGCCCAUGAGCGCCGUAAGCGCAAUCCCAGUCUUAGUCGCCGCGUCAUUGAAAAUCGAACGGCAGAGAAGCCGGACGCGCCACGCACGCGCCGCCUCCUCGCUCCCAAUUCAUUUGCGCUUGGCCGCAUCAUGAAAAGCACUGCACGGUCGCGCGACGAAGAAGACGAGCGCGAGCGGCAACUCGCUGCCAAGAAGCUCCGGGAACUCGACGCUAAGCAGCCACGGACGUUCUAG